AUAGAGGUCUCCAUCUCCAUCAUCACCAUUAUUAUCAGUGCUGCUUUUGCUGUCUGCACGACUGUGAUCAUCACAGUUAUCAUACAUUUUAUCAGUCUCAUUUUUCUAUUUGACCCGUAAGUGACUUGUUUCCCUCCCAUGAUGAGCAGACUCGUCCUGACGUCAUCCACGUUGCUGUUGUUGCUGUGCGUCUGGGUCACCUUGAGUCAAAGCAGUCCGUUGAGAUGCUGUACCAAAUAUUCAUCACACCAGCUUCCUCUCCUCCGACUGAAAGACUUCACUCUGCAGGACGCCACCAUGAUCUGCAACAUUGAGGCUGUCAUUUUUACUACAGUGAAGAACAGACAGAUCUGUGCUAACCCCGAAGACCAAUGGGUUCAGAAAGCCAUCUCAUAUAUCCAGAACAUAAGAAAGUCAGGAUAAAGAGCUAUACACACUGAAAAAAAGAAAAGAAAAAAAAAACAGUAACUCAAACACAUUAAUAAAACAUAUUGAGUAGAAUUUUUUUUUUAAUUAAUAGAUGAAUGAUUUUGACAGCAAUGGAUUUUUCAUUUAUUCCUGCUGUAUUCUUAUAAGUUUAACUGAUGUUUCUUAGUUUGAAAAAUGUUCACAAUACUGCUCUGUACAACACAACAAAACCAAGCUUUACAGCAGUUCACCUGAGAACGACUGAAACAGCUUUUUAGACAGAAGUGACAAAAAUGUAUUUAGUUUACAGUAAAUGGAGUUCUAAACAGAAAUUUGAGAGUAUAUGCAUGAUAAUGUAAUCUCAACAGUACUUUGUCCUGCAACAUUUCUUCUGGUAUCUUUUUUGUUCCCCAAAAUUUUACGUUUUUUAAAGAGGUCAUAACAUGUGAAAUUACAUUUUCCCAGAGUUUGAGGGGAAAAAAUGGGUUAUUGUACUAUGAAAACAUACUGCAACUUUCUUAAUGAAAACAUCCU